GUCAGAAGUGACCAGCCCGGGCACUCCAGUCGUCCCCGGCUCUGCUGUGCACCCGAGGGUUGAGGAGAUCCCCUUGUCAACAAGCUCCUUCCUCCCAACCCCGUGACAUCUUUGUACAAAUGAGAAAAAAGCCACUUCUUUCUCAAGACACCUUCCAGAUGCCUGCUUUCUGCCAGGCAAUUGACAGAGUCAGUGGGCAGAGCUUUGAUGAGCCACACCGCGAUGGAUGGAUGCCCUCCGAGUUCUGUGCCGUGCAGACUCAUGGCUCAGCACACCUGUGGCCCAUUGGAGGACGCUGCUAGGAAGAAGGUUAAGGGCCUGAGCUGCAGGGGAGCGGACAGAGGCCAGAGAUGUUCCUGCUGUGUGCUGGCAUGAGACUCCUCGGGGUUCUGCCGUGCCGACAGAGCCGAAGAGAACAGCCCAUCUUCACCACCCGAGCCCACGUUUUCCAGAUCGACCCCAGCACCAAGAAGAACUGGGUGCCUGCGAGCAAGCAGGCCGUCACAGUCUCCUACUUCUACGAUGUCACAAGGAACAGCUAUCGGAUCAUCAGUGUGGAUGGAGCCAAGGUGAUCAUAAACAGCACAAUCACACCCAAUAUGACUUUCACCAAAACAUCGCAGAAAUUUGGGCAGUGGGCCGACAGCAGAGCCAACACGGUGUUUGGUUUGGGGUUUUCCUCGGAGCAGCAGCUGACAAAGUUUGCAGAGAAAUUCCAGGAGGUGAAAGAAGCUGCCAGACUAGCCAGAGACAAAUCCCAGGAGAAAAUCGAGACCUCGAGCAAUCAUUCCCAAGCAUCCAGCAUCAACGGAACGGACGAUGAAAAGGCGUCUUGUGCGGGUCCUGCCAACACACACCUCAAGUCUGAGAACGACAAGCUGAAGAUCGCGCUGACACAGAGGGCAGCCGGGUGGACGGCACCCACCCUCCCGGUCACCGCCUGGCCCCCGCCCGGCAGCGCCGCCAACGUGAAGAAAUGGGAGAUCGAACUGCAGACCCUGCGGGAGAGCAACGCCCGGCUGACCACGGCACUGCAGGACUCGGCGGCCAGCGUGGAGCAGUGGAAGAGGCAGUUCUCCCUCUGCCGCGACGAGAAUGACCGGCUCCGGAACAAGAUUGACGAGCUGGAAGAGCAGUGCAGCGAGAUAAACAGAGAGAAGGAGAAGAAUACCCAGUUGAAGAGAAGAAUUGAGGAGCUGGAGUUGGAACUCCAAGAAAAGGAGACGGAGUUGAUAGACCUCCGAAAACAAAGUGAAAUCAUACCUCAGCUCAUGUCAGAGUGUGAAUACGUCUCUGAGAAGUUAGAGGCGGCAGAGAGAGACAAUCAGAACCUGGAAGACAAAGUGCGCUCCCUGAAGACGGACAUCGAGGAGAGCAAGUACCGCCAGCGCCACCUGAAGGUGGAGCUGAAGAGCUUCUUGGAGGUGCUAGACGGGAAGAUCGAUGACCUGCACGACUUCCGCCGGGGCCUCUCCAAGCUGGGCGCCGACAACUAGGGCUGCGCGUGAGUCCCCAGGAGCCUUGUGAAGAGUGGCCCCCACCCCAGGCCACACAGACCCCCGGUGCACCUGCCAGGAGCCCAGAGAAACCACGGUGGAGUCCAGACUGUGGGACAUUUUGGCGGAUGACUGACAGGUCCGAUGAUAUGCAGCUGUGGGGAAUGUGUCACUGUUCUUACUCUAUGGACCACUUUUAAUAUAAAAUCCUGACUUUAAAUAAAUUGUUGUAGCAAUGUCUUAUGGUGUGACAGACAAUUAGGCAUUUCUUGCAUCAAAUGUAAGAAUUUAACGAUUAGCAUGAGGUGGAUAAGUGGACUCUCCCAAGAAUACUGUUUUUUUUCUUUUCCCUUUUCAAAUGCCUUUUUGGUACAUAAAUAAUAUAUACUUUUUUAAGAAGAAGCGAAAAAAAUCACCUGUUAUUACACCAUCUGAUUAUAACCACUGUUAACAUUUUGGUAUAUAUCUUUUCAGACUUCUUUUCUAUGCAUCUAUAGCUGUUUUACUUUUUUCAUGAGGUACAGUCAUAUUAUACAUUAUUAUACAUAUACUGUUUUGUAACUUGCUUUUUUCCCUUUUAACACUAUAUUGUGAAUAUAUUUCUAUGUCAGUAAAUAUGUAACAGCAUCAUUUUUAACAUCUAUGUAGGUUGUACCUUGGGUACUUGUUUCCAGUUUUAUACUGUUGUACUCAAGGAUAUGAUGGAAAUCCUUUCUUCUAACACCUUCAUGAACUUUUCAGAAUAUUUACUUAGGAUAACUUUCUAAAAUUGGACUUUCUGGCUCAAAAGUGUAAUGGGUGCUACAAGCACUGCUCCGUCUCCUCCCCUCCCUCCUGGGCACACAGGAGAUGCCACUUACCAGCCCCUAUAGUCACUCAGGGUCCUGGUGCUAAUGCUGGCCAAUAAAGUGUGAGCAGAAGUGACAUGUGCAACGUCCAGGCUGAGACUGUGAGAUGCCCCCGUGCAGGUCUCCAGUCUUCCUGUUGCCUUGCCCCACAGGUGGUGAUGUCCCAGGGCUGGAGCCUUUGUCAGCUGGAGCCUUUGUCAGUUUGGGUCCCUGAGUGACUGUGUGGAGAGCUCCCCUUCUCCCGUCAUGACACCCCCCUCCCCACCUGUGUGGAUGUGUACUGUGAAUAAAGAAUAAACUUUAAGUGUUACACUGUU